AUGGAGAUCCAGGACGGAGCAGAGCUCUGUUUUCCUGAACUCCUCAACUCCUCCUGCAGGAAGUCGACACCUCACCGGUUUGAAGUUGUGCUUCUGAACAUUGUGCUGUCGUCCAUGUCUGUCCUCACUGUUGUUCUCAACCUGCUCGUCAUCAUCUCAGUCUCCCACUUCAGGCAACUCCACACACCCACUAACAUCCUCCUGCUCUCUCUAGCUGUCUCAGACUUUCUUGUGGGCUUCGUGUUGCUGCCAGGAGAAAUAUACCAACAAACACAAUGUUGGUUUCUUGGGGACCUUAUGUGUUCUCUCUACUAUUAUGUGGUCUACAUUGUUUUCAGUACUUCAGUAGGAAACAUGGUGCUUAUAUCAGCUGACCGAUAUGUGGCUAUUAUUCACCCACUGCAUUAUACCACCAGAAUCACUGUGACAAAAUCCAAAUUCUGUGUUUUUUUGUGUUGCCUUUGUUCAGUUUUCUACAGUAGUGUUGUUUUUAAAGAUGCCUUGAUUCAACCAGGCAUACAAAAUUCCUGCUAUGGAGAAUGUAUAGUAGUUGUCAGCUACAUUGCAGAAGUUGUUGACCUUGUUUUAAACUUUAUUGCUCCAGUUACAGCCAUUGUACUUCUAUAUAUGAGAGUGUUUGUGGUGGCUGUGUCUCAGGCUCAUGCCAUGCGCUCUCACACUGCAGCUUUGCCAACCAGCAUUACUGAUUAA